AUGGAGCCGGCCGUCACUUCACAGGGAUCCACUAAUAAUGGAUUCCGCGUGGAAAAAGGACGGCGGAAUGCGAACGAGUACCUAAACAUUGACCCGUCGUCCGCGUUUAUUUCCGGGUCCUCCGGGAUUGAUGACGGAUUCCCGGACAACUUUCUCGAGACGAUCAGCCCCCAGCAGGUGAUUCCUAGCUUCUUGCAGGCAACGGCACCGCUUCCGGCGAUGCUCCACGGCGACACAGCGACUUCAAGCCCUCAACUGGCGCCACUCGCUCCGAUGACGAUCGGUACCGAUCAAAGCUUUCGCGACGGCCCAGCCGGUCUGCUCUCCCCGCUACAUAUGGAUGGGCGGCGACACUCUGUCGGCGCCAAUGAGUAUUCUCGCGGCGUCUACAUCAAGGUUCGCCACCAGCCACCCCAGCACCGCAACCGGAUGUACCCGGUUUACGGGCAAAAUCCGUAUCCGACGUCGUGUGCCGCACAAUAUGGCCUUGCGCACCACGAGCACGGACACUAUUUUGGGCAGCAACCGCCAGAAUACCCGCCAUGCACUGCACCCUAUUACAGACAGCCACACGUCAUUGAUCGCAAGCCAAAAAUUGAGGAGGAGGCCGACAUCGAGCCCUCGCACCAUUUAAUGCUCCCCUCGAACCAGGUGAUUGGCCACAACCAAGCCGACCUCGACCGCGCUAACGCCGCGACCCCGCCGGCGCUCAGCACCGCCGAAUUGGCAUCGAACAUGAUUUCGAGCAUUAUUGGCGAUCCGCAUCUACAAGGCGGCGACUCCCCCGUCCACCACUACACGUCGGUGCCGAGCGGGUCGAUGGUGCUGUCCCGGUUGACGGCGAUGAAGACGGUGAAUCCUUUUCCGUUGAAUGUCGUUGACGCCCACCACGACGACGACGGCCUCGAGGGUCCCCACACGAACGGCGAUCACGUGAUCAACGGCGAGUCGACCGUCUACAAACCCGCCUACAACAAGGGCAAACGAACCUACUCAACAAAGGACGCCAACGACCCGUUGAACGCCGAGAUUGACGAUGACAUCUAUAUUGACACCAAGGAGCUGUGUAAACGAAUCGCCUACGAGCUGAAGCAGCACUCGAUCCCCCAAGCCAUCUUUGCCGAGCGGAUACUUUGCAGAAGUCAGGGCACGUUGUCGGAUUUGUUGCGGAAUCCCAAGCCGUGGAACAAGCUGAAAAGCGGGCGCGAAACGUUUCGCAGGAUGUUCAACUGGGUGCGGCAGGGGCUCGAGGAUCGGCUGGCCAUUUUGGAUAUGGUGAAAGAUGGUGAAAACGGUGCUGCGAAAAUGGGCAUGUCCCCGCCGACGCCCGCCCAAAACGUCCGGCAUCACACGAGGGCACGGAAUUCGGGCCUAGGCGACGGCGAACCGUCAAACAAACGCCCCCGGCUCGUCUUCACCGACAUCCAGAAGCGCACGUUGCAGGCCAUCUUCAGGGAGACGCAACGGCCCUCGCGCGAAAUGCAACAAACCAUCGCCGAGCAUCUGCGAUUGGACCUGUCCACCGUGGCCAACUUUUUCAUGAAUGCGCGGCGGAGGAGUCGGAUUGGGCCCGGCAAUGACGAACCGGCGCCAUAUCAACAGGUGCGACCGAUCACACCGCCACCAGACAGCCCUCCUCGCGUCCCCCCAGCAGCCACGAUCCCAAAUCGGAAUCGCAACUCGAGGCCCAGCGCCUCCAGUGCAGCGUUGAUCGAGCAAACGGUGAACGGUGUGGCCGAUGGCACGUAUCCGUGCUCGUCGAGGAAAUUGGACGAAGAGCUGGCGGCUUCUUCACUUCAGCAUAUGCACCAAAUGGGAGCCGUCGGCUAUAAGAGUUCCGAAAAGUCCAGCGAGCAACUGAACGGUGGCCCGUCUUCCGAGGAGGGACGCGUGAUCGUGGAUGGAGAAGUAGAUGGAUCGGGCGUCGGCCAACGGCUCUUCCUCAUCAACCGUUAUCAAGCCGACGCUGAAGAACCGGGCGCACAACCCGAUCACGACGUCCAGCCGCCGCUUGUCACGUAUACGGUGCCAGACACGCCUGGCGAUGACUCGACUGCGACUCCUGCCUCGGCACCAGCACCCCCAUCCGCACCGCCCGUCACCCCGGAACCAACAGCAACCAGCGUAGCUGAUGUCAAGACGGAAGCAGAAUCUGCAAAAUCGGGCGACGAC